AUGGCCAGCGUGGCAGCGGCGAUCAAUAGAGCGUCGUCGUCGAAAGUCGACGCGGAUCUAUGGUGGUCUCCACAUCGUGCCUUGCUGGCGCGACUCGAGGCGAUUGACAGUGGAGGGAGUGACAAUGGCGAGGACGAUGGUCGCGAGCUGGUACGUGUUACGAGAGCCAAAAGCCUAUCAGAGCAUCACGCGUGGCUGCUGCACGGCUUGGCGCGCUUCAAGCCUCCCAGCAGCCGAUCCCGCGACGCCAUUGGCGCGGCUCGUCUGGAGGUGGGGGUGGGGGGAGCAGCUGGCGCUUCGCAAGUGACGAUCCCAGUGGUUGGACGGCUAAGGGAAGCGGCUGUGACUGCAAGCGCUGUGAUUGGGUUGGAUGAGACGCAAGCAUAUCUGUUGGCGGAUAGGGUGGCGGGAGGGGAGAGGGCGUCGGUGGGGGAGGCGGAGGGGGAGGGCGCAGGGAAGGGAGCAGGAGGGGGCGGAGGAGAGAAGAAAAAGGGGUUGGAGGAGAAGGAAGAGCAGCGGAGAUCGGUGCAAGAGAUUGUGGCGCUGUAUCAGGAGGAGAGGCAGAGCCUGCUCAAAUGCCUGCGGCUUCUGCUAGCCAUGCAAGCUGAUUCCUCCUCCCCGUAUGCAGCUGCCAUGGAGGAGGAGGUGAGCGCCCUGCUGAACGAGGGGUUGCUGUCAAACGUCAUGGCUCAGCUGAGGUUGCUCCCACGCUCUGACCCCCCCAAGGCCCUGGAUCGGGCAGGAAUGGCAGGAUGGGCAGAAGCAUCCUCGUUAGAAGCAUGCUUGCUUCUAGACAUCCUCAUCCUCAUCGCCUCCUCUAAUGGCUGCCGUGCUACAGACAUCCCGGAUAUAAUCAAUCUCGUUCAGGAGCUUUUCUUUGGCUUCACUCCAUCUCCACCGCCCCUCUCCUCAUCUCCAUACUCCACCCCUCCCUCCUCCUCCUCCUCGCCCUCCUCCCCCUCCGUAUCUCUCGCCUCUCUAGCCAUUAGUGCAGCGGCAGAGUCACUCCUCUCCACCGCACUGCACCGCGCUGUGCUCCUGCUAAUUGCAGCUGUGGACGUGGAAGGGGUGGUUGUGGCCCUGGCGCAAGGGAUGCAUUUUAGCGCCUCUCAACACCCCCUCUCGUCCCCCUCCGCCCUCUCGGAAGUGGAUCAGCGCCUCUCUGCGUGGCUCUCCUGCCUGCUCUCUGCUGCUGCCGCUGCAGCCAAGGGGGCGGGUGGUAGAGGCCAAAGCGAGGAGCUGGAUGGCGGAGUGGGGGGACUGGCAGAGGAGGAUUUGGAGGAGGUGUAUGGAGGAGGAGGGGGAGGAAGGCUCAUUGGGUUGGAUGCAGUGCUGCCGCUGGUGGGGGGGGCUGCCAGUGCGGGUGCCGGUGCCGGUGCUGGGUCGGAUGUUUCUUCUGUGCUGCUCGCGUGGGGUCUCAUUCGCAUGCUGCUGCAGUGGCUGCCGGAUUCCUCUCACCUGCCGGCACCCACGCUGGACCCGGGUGCACCCGCGUUAAACCCGGGGGUGUGUGUGCAAGCAGCCUAUGCAGCAGGGGCACUGGACUGGAUUCUCUCUUCGCUGCUCUCCUCCUCCCUCCCCUCCCACCCUUCCAACGACCCUGUGAUGCAAGCUGUGGUUAUGCAGGGCGUGGUGAAGAGAUGCGUCAAGGGGCUGUGCACUGCCUACCUCACUGCCUUUGACAUUUCCAACCAGGAGUCGCUAUGCACUGACUUUUGGGACGCCUCUGCCUCUCCCUCCGACGCACCUCUGCGCUCGCUCCUAGCUGCCACCAGACGCGACUUCCCCGCCCGCCCCCUCCCCUUCCUGCGCCUCCUCUCCGCCCUCUCCCAUGGCUCCUGGCCCGCCCGCUGCACAGCGUCAGCGCUCUCCCACCAGGCCUCGGAGUGCCCAUUUGACCUGCCUUCGAGGCAGCUGAUGCUUUCCGCACUCUCACUAUCCUCAAAGAAACGUUUCCGCACUCCCACUAUCUUCCCCUCCCCACCUCCUUCCCUCCUCUCCUCCUCCCCCCGUUCCUUCCGCUCGCCUCUCAAUCCCGCCUAUGGCUACACCGUCAGCUUUGAAUUUCUCAAGAGCACCAUGGGGGCGGCCCUCUUCCUCCCGCCGCCGCCUGCCCGUGCCUCCCUCUCUUUAAGUCUACCGCCUUCAACCACCCCCUUUUCCGUGCCUCAACCCUCUCCCUCUCCCUCACCCCCCCACCUUUCCCGCAUUUCAGCUUUGACCCCUGCUGCUGCCGUGCUGUGGGGGGUUGCUGGUGCCGACUGGGGCGCGGGGGGAGGUGGUGGAAGGGGGAGGGAGGGAUGGACUCGCACUCGUGCAUUUCGAGGGGAGGAGGAGCGCCUGUGCUGUGCCUCCCUCUCCGCCCUCUCCGCCCCUCAGCCCCUGUUGUUGCCGCGCUGUGGGGGGCGGCUGGUGGUGUCGGCUGGGGCACGGGGGGAGGUGGUGGAAGGGGGAGAGAGGGAUGGACUCGCACUGGUGCAUUUCGAGGUCCCUCUGAGUGCGCUCCCCACCUUGCUCUUCCAUCGCGUGCACUGUGCACAGCAGGACCACACAGCACACCCCUUCACCCCUUUCCCUCGCUUGUUUGUCACUCCUCCCUGCCCCCACCAGGUCCCUCUGAGUGCGCUCCCCACCUUGCUCUUCCAUCUCUUCCCCAGCGCGCUCCUCAUCCUGCUCUUCCCCCUUUUCUGCUUCCCCACUUCCCCCUUAUGUCCCUUGUUCCGCUUCCCCCCCUUCUCCCACCAGGCCCCCUUGAGCGCGCUCCUCAUCCUGCUCUUCCACCUCGUGCAUCGCGCACAGCAGGACCAGGACGCAUCCUCUGCUACUGCCACGUGGCAUUCCGCCAUUGGCGGAUCUGACAUCAGCGCCAGCGCUGCAGGGCCGGGAGGAGAGGAGGAAGCAGUCGAGGAGCUGUCAGUGGGGCUGUCGCUGCUGUCUAACCUGCUAUCGGCUAAUCAGGCUUGUGUGGGGGCACUCCUGCAUCUCCACUCCUCACCCCUUGUUGCUGCUGCAUCGACCAAUGGGCUGCUGCCACGUGGCAUGACGUACGUGUG